AUGGCGAAUAGUUUGGUUGAAACCCUCUUCGAGGCGAUCACGAUCGGCGAUGAAACGAUCCUGGAACAAUGCAUUCAACAGGCGACCAUCGAUACCGUGUUGGAAUUUCGGCGUUCGUACGGCGAAUCUCCGCUGCAUUUGUGUGUGAAAAUUGGCGGUGUGAGUCAUCUCGGUGUGGUGCGUUGUUUAUUGGCGAGCGGAUUGUUUGAUAGUACCACCGUCGACAGCGAAGGACAAACCGUGCUCGAGUGUGCACUUGCGAAUGAAGACAGCGAAUUGGUUGAAGCUCUGAUAAACGUAGAAAUUGAUGGGCUGGAUGAUGCAACCGCUUGCUACCAGAUGUUGAGACACAACUCGCUGCAGAUAUUCAAAAAGUUUCUUCAAAUGAAGCAGUUGAAGGAGGAGGACGAAUUUCAACACAUAGCGAGUGCGUUAGUUCAACUGAGUGUGAAGAAUGUGGUUCUUUCGGAAGAUUUGCGUCUGUUCACGCUGUGGAAGCUGUCCGACUUUGGCUUUCGGAAGCUGUCCGGCAACUGGCCCGGAACGAAGGAUCCAAACGAGUGGAAGAACCAUGUCGACGUUAUAAGCGACUGUUGGCGUGAUAUAAACGUGCAGCACAACACUCGACUGUACGCGGAUGUUGACGAUCUGUUCCUGCAUCGAUUGCAAACCGUGCACAAUCAUCUGUACUUUCUCAAGCACAAACAAUUCCUGGCGCAUCUUCCAAUGCAGGAAGCCAUAUUUUGUGUGGCCAUCUUUCUAUCCAUCUUUCGCAAUCCGGAACAAUUUCAGGAGUAUCGUCUCAUGGUAAACAAAUGCCUUGUGAUAGAGUUUGUGCGCAUGGUAAGCGAACAGUUGGCAAUAGUGAGAAAGUAUCUGGAAGGAACCGAAACGGAACUGUUGUCGAUAGUGCGACAAAGUGAGUCGUCAGGCUCAACAGAGAAAGACAAACUGAUCCAGGAUCUGAUGGCAAAAAUAGAUUCAUCGGACCUGCCGAACAAAGCACAUGUGUUGAAGCAACUAAAGCAACGAGUGGAGAGUACAACUGCCGCGAAUAAGGAUAGCUUAAUCAAGGAUAUGCUGGACAAGGUGAAAAGAAUUGAUAAACUGUGGACCGGAGAAAUGGCCGACAAGAUUAAGCAAUUGGAUAAGACGAACAGAGAGCAAUUGAUAGAGCAGAUCGGGAAACGUUUACGUCACGUAUCUCAUCCACAAAAUGUAGUGAACCGGUUGAUAGGCGAUUGGAAGAAGGGAAAAGCGACCGAAGCCAUCGUCGCGGACAUUGUGGCUGGUGAAUCGUUCAAUCUGUCGCAUCUGAUGCGUGGUAAAGAUCGUCGCAUCAAACGCAAGUUGUUGAAAUGUUACUCCAAAACAAAACAAUACUACUCACUGUACAAGACCGUGUUCUACUGCGAGAACAUCGUACGAAAACCUAUUGAAGUUCCGUCACAAUCCACCUACGCUGAGAUUGCAUGUAUGAAACGGACGGUUCAGGUAUUUGGCGAAGCCAUCAAGAAUACCACCAACUCUGCCAACAUGCCGGGAAAGGCUGUGGACGCAGUGAAUUCAAUGUUGACAGAACUCUUCCCGAGAAUGAACAAAUCAUUUCGAGAAGUCUUUUCGCACAGUAUCUCGUUGAAGAAACAACUUUUGGGGGAAUCUCACGACAACAGACUCUUUGGAUCGAUUCGUUCGCAUUUGGGCAUGAUGCGGAUGGUGUUCCAGCUACUUUAUGUCGUUGCCGUCGUCGAUGUUCGGCAGUCACUUUAUGGGUAUAUGCGCCAGUGUGACACUUUUAGAGAGCUGCAAUCGCUGGUACUGUACAUCGGUGACAUGGAAGAUUUGGAACAGCGCCAGCUAGCAUGCUACAAACAGGUGAUGCAGUAUUUUGAUGAAGCGAAAGCCACGUUUGAGGAGUUAAGAACGGAACCAAUCGGCGAAACACCAACAUUCCGACAUUUACAGAAGCAGCUUCAAGUGAAGCGUGACAUUGUGAAAAAAUUGGAAAACUAUUUCAAUGAAAACGAUGGUUUUAACUACGGUAGCAUACGAAGAGCAUGCUUCUCUAGCGACGAUUUGGCUGCCAUACGAAGACUGUUAGAUUGGAAGCUGACCAUGAGAUGGGCAGGCGGAUUCUUCCAGAAUGUGCGCUCAUCCUGGCAAACUAAUCACGUCGAAUCGUUGACGAUAGAAUGGAAGGAUCAACGUUUGCUGAAGUACAACCCUGCAGUAAUUGCCGGAAUUCUCAAGAAUGGCUCCACCGCAAUGGAGUGCAUCGAAGAGUUCGAAUACAUUGAACAAACGCGUCAGUUGACGGUGGAUCUCAAGAUCGCGGAAAAGAUCGACGAGGAAUCGUUGCAGCAUCUCAACAGACGUUUAAAGUCUUACUACAAUGAUAUCUUCUUCAUCGACAACAAAUGGAAGGUGUUGGAAACGUUCUGCAAAGAGCUCAAACUCCCUUGGAAUAAGGAACUUACUCGUGAAUUGAUCAAACGCGAUCAGGUUCAUUUACAGCAGCUGUACGACAAAAGUCGCAAUCAGUUGGGGGCAAUUCUCGAAAAGUAUGGUCUGAGCACGGUUGAUGGAUUGGUUACGCGAUUGUUCGGACUGCCAACUCGGAUGUUAAGCGCUAUCGAACACAUCCAGCUGGAGCUUUGUGAGAUGCUGUACACAGUCGGAUACUUUGGCGACAGUUUCCACUACCUGAAAAGUCGCAUCCCUAUGAUACAGGGGAAGAACUAUCGUAACUUCUUGGCCCAUGAUACGCUGUCCUACAAUCUGCUAACGGAUAGUUCGAUGGAGAAGAUCGUGAUCAAUGCGUUUGUGUUCUCCAAUACCGAGGUUCGACUGUUCGGAAAUGGUGGCGCUAAUAAGGUUCACAUUACCCUUCCAACGUUGUCCCAAAUGAAUCACUGGGUUGAGCUCCAACACCGAUUGCUAGAAGCAUUCCGAUCCAAAGACAUCCCGACGAUGCAGAAGAUAGGACGAGAAGAAGGGGCAGAGAUGAAGGGUCGUUUUUGCUGUACGCGGAACAAAUCAUACCUCGCUUCGGCUUUCUUCCAGCUUCCAGAGUUGAUAAAUCCUUGUAACGCUGAUAUGUCCGUUGUAGAGUAUCUGGAUCAAUACUUUGCCGGGUUUUUGGAUCGUUGUAACGAUCCAGAAUACCAAGUUUCGACGGCAUUGGCAUUCCGAGACUUUCAGGCAGUUUACGAUCGUACAAUUGCUCUUGGUGAUCGUUUAAUACGAGAAGAGAUGUUCGACUGGGAGGAGCUUAUGACUCACGUUCGCAAAACGGACCUGUUCGUCCAUCUGGUAGCGGUCGUUAAUAGGGGCGCCAUUUUGAGAAUGCUUAUCGGGCACGGUAACACAGCAGGUGUUCGAGAGAUGCUGCCGUUCUUUGAAAGCUUCCAUACGGCGAACGAUCGUGGCCCGUUAGGAGAUGCGUUACUUUACUGUGUGCGAUCGAUUACGGAUCUGUUGCUACCACGAUCGUCGGUACCACAUCCAGCGAUCCUGCUGCUUGCCAUCAUCUUGCACUGGAAUGAUAUCUUUACAUGCAUGAUGGCAAAGGCCGAUAUUGAAGGAAACACAUUCGAAUUUCUGCUGAAAACGACUGUCCAGGCUAGAAACUAUACAGCCGCGGUAUAUCUGCUGGAAAAUGAAGCUUUUACGCAGUUUAUUCCAGAUGCAUUUGUGGCUUGCUGUGAAUCAGCGGCGCGUAUGGGUGAACAAUCCGCCUUGCAGCAUUUGCUAGUGCGGUGUCCUACCACAUCGAUGGAGACUACAAGUUUAGCCCACAUCCUGCAUCAGGGAGCCCUUAAGCAGCAGUGGAACUGUGUGCAGCUACUGUUGGAACGUGACGUUCCGGUGGAUCUGAUGUUCACGGAUAACAUGCAGGAGAAACAGUGCACGUUUCUCAUGCUCGUAAAGUACGGUCAAUGUCGACUGAUCCAGAAAAUUAAAUCCAUUAACCACGAGCUGUUCGGUACGGUUGCAAAACAUCCUUUUACUGUGGCGGUUCAAAACGGUAUGACAUCAGACAGAAUGAUUCGUUCGCUGCGCGCAUUAGGGUUCGAUUGGCUCGAUAGCUCAACAACGCUACACGCAGCGAUACGGAGCAAAAAUAAGACGGUGUUUGAAUUGAUCCAGAAGCUUGUGAAUGAGAAUUGUGUGGUGAAUUCCUCCACCCUUCUUGAUCACUUCCGACAUGCGUUAAUUGUGCUGCAGCGCUGGAAAAUGAUCUCAUUCGUAGAGGAGUCAAAUGCUCACGGACAUUCCUCGUUGUUUUGUGCUUUACAAACAGGUGAACAAGCAAUGGUAAAAGAGUUGCUCAGUUGGGCUCAUCAAAUGCGAACGAUCGAAGAACUGGGCAUUCUUGGCGGUGUUGUCUUUGAACGUGAUGCAGCCUUCACUAGUUACGGCAAAAGGCCAGACGGGUUAGCGUUUUGGAAUACACGUGACAGCUGCGAAGAUAUGAUAACCAGGAUGGAAACCUGUGCAUUGUUGAGUGAGAUGAUAUGGCAACCGUUUGCGAUCAGCGCUCAGUCCUCCACUCUAGUCACGUUCCAUGUGUUAACCACUGAGGAUGAAGUCAUAGAGCCUUUUCAAGAUCAGAUUUUUAAUCUACGGAAUUCAGCUUCAUUGAUAGAAAAUUUGAAGGAUUUCUUAUCGUUUGUCAACGCUUCACUGCGUAACUUCACCAUAAUUUUUGCCGAAUUUUCCACAGACAGUGGAGCUAGGAGAUACUUCUGGCAAAUCGAGCAAAUUAGCUGCAUGUACGAGAUACUACUCCCGUCAGAGAAGGCCAUUGAUUUAACUGACAUGGUCAAUUACACAAGUUGGCGAGAUGAAACUCCGUUGCAUCAUUGCUUUCCGAGAGAUACACUCGAAAUGGUUAAGCUGUUGGUAGAGAACGGUGCCAAUCCACUGUUGGCGGAUAGCAGCGGCAUGGCCCCAAUCCACCUUUCACUGCUGAACUCACUGGACUAUGCAGUGGGUCGAUAUCUGUUCGACGAGUGUGUUCGAAAGGAUCUUCGCAACGCAAAGGGUUGUUCCGUGCUGGAACUCGACGAUGGUAAUGGUGGUAACAGGUUAAUACAUACCGCCAUAAUGGCUGGUCGGCAAGAUAUCAUAAAGCGGUUGCUGGAGCUUCACGUUGAUGUGUCCGUGGUGAACACUUUCGGUGUAGCACCAGCACAACUGGCUGCGAGCAUUGUUGUGCAAAACACGUGUCGUCUAGUAAAACUGAUUCUUGAUUACGACGCCAGCUCGGUUGACUUGUUCGACCACAUGGAUUACACCUUGCUGCAGUGCGCGGCACGGGAAAACUCGUUGGAAUUGAUGCAGCUGGUACUGCAGUACAAACCCAACUUACAGAAGCAUCGUAAUGGCAUGACGGCGCUUGGCAUAGCCAUUCUAAUGAAGCACAUCGAGUGUGCCAAGUGUUUGGUUCGCUAUGCGAUUGCAAACAACAUCCGAGGAAUUACUAUAGUGGAGGAGAAUGAUCUCGUAAUACUGUCGUUGUUCUGCGACGACUAUGAUCUAUCAAAGAUGCUGCUCGAGUACGAGUUAGGACACACAUUGGGGGAGGUUGAUGAGCGAGAUCUACCCAGAAUUAAAUCCAUUCUCGAGGGGUCAUUGCCCGUAAUGCCGGAAGUACCGAUAGCUCGUGUGGUGCAGGUGCAACGAUACACUGAGUCGCAAAACUUUAUGGACGAACUGCUGGUACUCGCUACCUCGGUUACAGAUCAGUAA